AUGGCUUCAAAAAUGAGAGCAGUCGACAUCAAGGACGGAAAGGGUCCGAAAGAGAACCUCUUCAUCAACCCGGACACGCCGAAGCCGGCACCGGGGAGCGGUGAGGCUCUCGUCAAGAUCAAGGCCUUCGGUAUCAACCGCAUGGACCAGAUUCAGCGUCUGGGCAUGUACCCGCUCCCGCCCCAGGCGCCCAAGACGCUCGGGGUCGAGUUCAGCGGCACGAUCGAGUCGUUCGGUGACGGCGACCACAGCAGCUUCAAAGUCGGCGACGAGGUCUUUGGUCUGGCGUACGGCGGCGCGUAUGCCGAGUACAUUGCCGUCAACAGCAAGAUGCUGCUGCACAAGCCCGACUUCCUGUCAUGGGAACAGGCCGCCGGCAUCCCAGAGACCUGGAUAACCGCCACCCAAGCCCUCUUCCUCGUAGGCGAGUUCUCAAAAGGAAAGUCCGUCCUCUGGCACGCCGGCGCAUCCGGCGUCUCCAUCGCCGGCAUCCAGCUGUCCAAGGACGCCGGCGCCUCCGCCGUCUACGCGACGGCCGGCUCCAAGGAGAAGUGCGACUUCGUCGUCAACGAGAUCGGCGCCACGGCGGCCUUCAACUACAAGGAGGAGGACUGGGCCGAGAAGAUCAAGGAGGCGACGGGCGGCCAGGGCGUGGAUCUCAUCGUGGACUUUGUCGGCGGCACCUACUUCCAGAAUAACCUCGACGUGGCCGCGCGCGACGCCCACAUCGUGCUGCUGGGCCUCCUUGGCGGCGCGCAGGUCGAAAACGCCAACAUCGGCCCCCUGCUCUACAAGCGCAUCAGGCUCGAGGGCAGCACGCUGCGCAGCCGGGACGUCGAGUACCAGGGCAAGCUGCGGGACCGGCUGGAGGAGUACGUGCCGCACUUCAAGACGGGCAAGCUGAAGGUCGUUAUCGAUACGGUGCUUCCGUGGGAGGAGAUCCAGAAGGCUCACGAGCUGUUGGAGGCGAACAAGAACUCGGGCAAGAUCAUUUGCACCGUCUCGUAG